AUGGCUGCUGCUUCGUCUUCUACCUCGCGCUCUCUCCUCCUCCUGCUGGUGGUGGUAGCCGUCAGUGCAUCCCCGACGACGCUGGCCGGCGCGGCCCGCUCCGCGCACCUGACCGCCGGCUUCACCCGCGUGAGGCUUCGGGAGUCGCAGUUCGUGGUGCAGAGGCCCUACGACGUGCCCCUCCGCGAGCGCUACCAGCACUCCGGCGGCGUCCGCCGCAUGUGGGUCUUCGCCUUCGACAAGCCCAUCAGGGCCACCCACCCCCGCGGCGCGCGCACCGAGAUCAAAGUCGACGUAACCAUCUACAGCUCCGGGGUGUGGCAGUUCGAGGGCGACGUGUUCGUCCCGUCGGGCACGUCGGGGGCGUCGGUGAUGCAGAUCUUCGGCGCGGCGACGCACGCCACGACGCUGAUGCUGCACGUCUACGGCGGCCGGCUCACCUACUACCACGACCUGCGCAGGGUGCUCGCCGCCGGCGUCUACGACAGGUGGGUGCGGCUCCACGUCGUGCACGACGUCGCGGCGGGGAACGUGACGGUCUUCGUCGACGGCGAGCGGCGGCUGAGCGCCCCCGGCCAGGGCGGGAGCGAGCACUACUUCAAGUUCGGGGUGUACAAGCAGUCGCACCACCAGCCGUCGCGGCGCAUGGAGUCGCGCUGGAAGAACGUGGCCGUCUACACCAAGCCGUGACCGACAUCGACGAACAUCGUCGGGUCGAUCGAUGUGUCAGCGCGGGUAGAUG